AUGACCAUCCCGUUUGGUGCGGACGCAGACCCCGACCCAACCUCCCAGAUUGCGUGGCCUGCCGCACGUCACAGGCAACGAACAUUGUCGACAACUCCUCUGGACAACGGCUCUCACUCGGGCGAGACCGCCAUGUCAUACCAGAGUGUAACAGGCAGUGGGAAGAGAUCUCAUGUGGAACCCAAGCGUGCACGCUUUAGUACGUGGGACCUCUUCACCCUGAGCGUCUCAAUGGCAGGGGCGCAAGUUGCAUGGACCAUCGAGCUGGGAUAUGGUACACCAUUCUUGUUAUCGUUAGGCAUAUCAGAGCAGGUCACCAGUCUUGUCUGGCUUGCGGGUCCGAUCAGCGGGCUAGUCGCUCAACCGCUCAUCGGUGCAAUAUCCGACUCGUCUACUUCCAAAUACAGACGCAGAUAUUGGAUUGGCCUCUCAACCGUGGCACUUGUGGCCGCAAUUCUAGUUCUGGCGUAUUGUGAGAGCCUGGCUGCGGUAUUGGUCGACUUGUAUGGCGGAGGGUUCGGCGACUGGGAUCCCGAACGUGACAAGCAAGUGAAUAAUGUUGCCAUCACGAUCGCUGUCGUUGCGUUCUAUGCCCUAGAUUUCGCUUUGAACGCUUUGCAAGCAUCAUUGAGAAAUCUUUUGCUAGAUAUCACGCCGCCCGAACAACUCAAUGCAGGGAACGCGUGGCAUAGUCGCAUGACUCAAGCCGGUAACAUCGUUGGUUAUGGAUUUGGUUUUUUACCCCUUGCUAAGAUCCCCGUUCUAAACUUCUUGGGUGGUGAUCAGUUUCGUAAAUUCUGUAUAAUCGGCAUGGCCACCCUGGUCAUCACUGUGUGGAUAACUUGCUGGUUCCACGAGGAGAAGCCCUAUGUCAAUCAGAAGAGAGAUAGGCAGAAUAAGCUCACAGAUAUCCUAGAGAACAUCUAUAACGCCAUCACAGACCUCCCGCGGUCCAUCAGGAAGGUAUGCCUCGUACAGCUGUUUGCCUUCAUGGGCUGGUUUCCUUUCCUUUUCUACUCCACGACAUACGUGGGCCAGGUAAUGGCUUAUCAGUUAGAUGGGGAGCCUGACAUCGAGCACGCCACGCGCAUCGGCGAGUUAGCCAUGCUGCUCUACAGUAUAGUUGCGGUGGUCGCUGGAGUUAUCCUCCCUCGACUCACGCGCCGUGAUAGCCGUUUACUUCCAGAAGACGGUGAUGACGAUGCCAGUCGUACCGAGCGUCUACGAGUCCUGCUUAAUCGCUGGCGGGAAGAGGCAGUGCAGAAGGGUAAACAAUUUAAGCUUCCUCGGAUGCCGUUGCUCCUUCGGGACAUAUGGGUAGGUGCAAUGCUACUGUUCGCCGUCCUUAUGUUUUCCACGUUUUGGAUAUCAACGGUGAACCAAGCAACUGUGAUGAUAUGCGCCGUUGGUGUGUGUUGGGGGGUUGCAUGCUGGGUGCCAUUUGCUAUAGUCAUGGAGUUCGUAAAGGACGUGAGCGAACGCCACACGACGAAUGUACGUCGGCCUGGUCGCCGCUCCUUAGAUGAACGCGAUCCUCUCUUUCAGUCCCAAUCCUCUCGUGGAGAAGAUGGCGAGGGAGAUAUCCCCGGUGAAGCUCUGGCAGGGAGUACCCAGCCUGUUGCGGGGGGAACCAUACUUGGGAUCCACAACCUUGCUAUCGUGACGCCCCAGUUUAUCAUUGCACUCGUGGCAAGCGCAAUCUUCCACAUUGUCGACGAAUCCGGCUCUCCCGUGGCAAUGCCAUCCCCAAAACCAAGCUUUGGGGACGGCCUCGGUGAACACACAACGUACUAUGGUAAGAAUGGUGUUGCAUGGGUGCUGCGCUUCGGUGGCCUUUGUGCGUUGGCUGGUGCGUUGGUGGCACAGACUGUGCCACCGACCAAAUCAGAGAGGGAGAUGAUGGAAGGUUUGGAGAUUCUCAGCGCCCUCCGGGACGAGGAGGAACCUUGA